AUGGCGUUCUCUAACCGAAGCCUUCAGCGGGGUGGAAGAACGUCCUUCCAACCUACUGCACUCAGUGUCAGUGGUUCAACCUCCAGGAAAAUAGCCAUCCAAAAGAUUCAGGCACCUAGCGUCUAUGGGGGAGCUGGUGGCUACGGCACCCGCAUAUCUACCAGCACCAACUAUGGACAAGGCUUUGGUGGGAACUUCCAGCUUAAUAUUACUGGUAAUGAUGUGCUGCUCCCUGGCAAUGAAAAAUCAACUAUGCAAAAUCUAAAUGACCGUUUGGCUUCGUAUCUGGAGAAGGUGCACUCUCUAGAAAAGGCAAACUCCCUGAUUGAAAAGCAGAUCAAGGAGUGGUAUGAGAAGAAUACCACAGUCAUAAGAUAUGACUAUAGCUCAUACUUUAAAACAACUGAAGAUCUCCAGAAGAAGAUUGGUGCUGCACAGUUGGAAAAUGCAAGGCUUGCCUUGCAGAUUGACAAUGCCAGACUGGCUGCUGAUGAUUUUAGAGUGAAGUAUGAGAAUGAAUACCUGCUCAGGCAAAGUGUCAAGAGUGACAUUAAUGGACUGCUCCGAGUUUAUGAUGACUUGACUUUGAUGAAAUCUGAUUUGGAGUCACAGAUUGAAAGUGUGAAUGAAGAACUAGCUUUUCUUAAGAAGAACCAUGAGGAGGACGUUGACAGACUGCGCAAACAGGUGAGCAGCUCAGUUAAUGUAGAGGUGGAUGCUGCUCCAAGUACUGAUCUUGCAGCUAUUAUGGAAAACAUGAGACGGCAAUAUGAAGAAAUGGCAGAAAAGAACCGUCAAGAAGCCAAAGAACGAUUUGAAAAGCAGACAGAAGAACUGAACCAGAAAGUAGCAAUUGACACUGAACAGCUGCAAGGCCAAAGGAGAGAGAUCACCAACCGGAAACAGAUCCUUCAGGGUCUGAAGCUAGAAUUACAGACCCAGCUUAACAUGAAAAAGCCUUUAGAAGAUACUCUGGCUGAAACUGAAGCACGUUAUAGAUACCAGCUAACCCAAAUACAGGAAGCAGUUGUCAAUUUAGAGGCUCAACUGAGGCAACUCCGAGCUGACAUGGAGGGUCAGAAUAACGAGUACAGUAUACUACUGGAUAUCAAAACUCACUUGGAAAUGGAGAUUGCCACGUACCGCCGUCUGCUGGAAGGAGAGGACAGCGGACAUUUCCAAGUGGAUGUACCUACAGCAGAGCUUGAAAAAGAAUCAAGUAAAGUUAAGAAGAUCAAGACAAUUGUUGAAGAGGUGGUUGAUGGCAAGGUUGUCUCCUCUAAGGUGGAAGAGAUUGAAGAGAAGCUGUAAAUGGCACCAGCACAGAGGAGACGGCCUCUGAGCUUCUUGGAGCUGAUGCCAAAACUGAAAGAUUAAACUUUAUAAAGUAUCCAAUCUAAUUCUCUCUAAAACCCAGAGGGGUUGAAAAAUGCCAAACUAUCAAAUCUCAAACAAUCUUUUUUUUUUGUGUGUGUGUGUGUCUGUGAGUGUUGAUAGAAAUCAGUAAGUUACAAAGUACAAGAUUUGGGG